UAUUUCACGGGGCACCACUGGCCGGUACUCCACUGCCUGCCAGCAGUCAAAAGCUGCUCUGAUCACCCUGGGUUUUUCCCUCCUAACCCAGAUCCCACCAACGAACCUCCAACUCUGGCCCCACUUGGCCUGCUCUGUUCUUAAGGGGCUGGGAAGCCUCCAGCCACUCCACUGCUCUCUCUGUAGACACAGAUGCUAGCCUGCCCUUGACCACAGAGGCCGUGCGGGGGGCUUGUCUCUGAGCCCCUUCUGGCCCACCAUGGCUCGGCGGCUGCAGGAUGAGCUGUCAGCCUUCUUCUUUGAGUAUGACACUCCCCGGAUGGUGCUGGUACGAAACAAGAAGGUGGGAGUCAUUUUCCGUCUGAUCCAGUUGGUGGUUCUGGUCUACGUCAUUGGGUGGGUGUUUGUCUAUGAAAAAGGAUACCAGACCUCAAGUGGCCUUAUCAGCAGUGUGUCAGUGAAACUCAAGGGCUUGGCUGUGACCCAGCUCCAGGGCCUGGGACCCCAGGUCUGGGACGUGGCUGACUAUGUCUUCCCAGCACAUGGGGACAGCUCCUUUGUAGUUAUGACCAAUUUCAUCAUGACCCCUCAGCAGGCUCAAGGACAUUGUGCAGAGAACCCAGAAGGUGGCAUAUGCCAAGAUGACAGUGGCUGCACUCCAGGAAAAGCAGAAAGGAAAGCCCAAGGUAUUCGCACAGGCAACUGUGUGCCCUUCAAUGGCACUGUGAAGACGUGUGAGAUCUUUGGCUGGUGUCCUGUAGAGGUGGAUGACAAGAUCCCAAGCCCUGCUCUUCUUCAUGAGGCUGAGAACUUCACCCUCUUCAUCAAAAACAGCAUCAGCUUUCCACGCUUCAAGGUCAACAGGCGCAACCUGGUGGAGGAGGUGAAUGGUACCUACAUGAAGAAAUGCCUCUACCACAAGAUUCUACACCCGCUGUGCCCAGUCUUCAGCCUUGGCUAUGUGGUGCGAGAGUCGGGCCAGGACUUCCGAAGCCUUGCUGAGAAGGGCGGGGUGGUUGGUAUCACCAUCGACUGGGAGUGUGACCUGGACUGGCAUGUACGGCACUGCAAACCCAUCUACCAGUUCCAUGGACUGUACGGGGAGAAGAACCUGUCUCCAGGCUUCAACUUCAGAUUUGCCAGGCACUUUGUGCAGAAUGGGACAAACCGUCGUCACCUCUUCAAGGUGUUUGGGAUUCGCUUUGAUAUCCUUGUGGAUGGCAAGGCUGGGAAGUUUGACAUCAUCCCUACUAUGACUACCAUCGGCUCUGGGAUUGGCAUCUUUGGAGUGGCCACAGUUCUCUGUGAUCUCUUAUUGCUCCACAUCCUGCCUAAGAGGCACUACUACAAGCAGAAGAAGUUCAAGUAUGCGGAGGACAUGGGGCCUGGGGAGGUAGGGUGAACGUGACCCCGCGGCCACCAGCUCCACUCUGGGCCUGCAGGAGAACAUGAGGACCUCCUGACCUUAAUCUUGAGCUCCGGACUUGACUCAGUGUGUGGCUUCCAGCAAGGGCUGGUGGCUUUGAGCCAGGGCAGAGGUCAUUGCCAGAGGCUUUCCUGCAAGGCAGAUACCAGUUGCCCUCUGGUUCAGCCAAGACAUUGGAAUCCAGAGCUCUGGGUCCAGAUCCACACUUCCCUUCCUGAGGGAUGGCCCCUCAAUUUUUCACUAUUCUGGGUCCCUCUGGCUGGGUUCCUCACACACCAGUACCCUAGCUUCGUGCUUAUGGCUCAGGCUGCCACUGUCUACCCCACAGCCUCACCUGCCUGGCUUUGGGCUCUUCCACAUGGUAGCCACUAGCCAGAUGUGUCAGUUUGAACUUAAAUUAAUUAAAAUAUAAUAAAAAAAGAUGGCUGGGUUGAACUAGUUAUGGGGACACUUUUGGCCUGUGACUGCCAUACUGGAUAGCAACAGAUGUUUUCAUUGUAGGAAGUUCCAAAGGAAUUCCCUGGGAGGCUCAUCAACAGUGCGGGUGCCUGAUACGCACCCCACCUCCUCCUAAAAUAGAAACACAGGGCACUUUGUAGCUGAGGCUUAAGAAUUGCUAUCCUAGAGCUUUCUGACUCUUAAGCUCCCAAUCAGCCUUGGGUCAGCCCCAACUGGCAGGUGCAGGCACUGAGCAGGGUCUCAAACACCCACAGCAAGUGUGUAGUGUUGUUCUCGUGCCACACAGGGAUCACAAACCCCCAUGUGCACACCCCCUCUACACAUACAACCCUCCACCCCCUCUGUGGGUUGGAACAGCUUGGGUGCUGCAGGCACAGCCAUCUGAACACACCUACACUCCCAGGCAGGGACACACGGUCUCCAUACAGUAUCACCCCCAUGGGGCGAUGCUCUCCUUCCUGAGGGAGUCAUACCAGACCAGCCCUUCUAGCCACUGAACCUUACUCAGCUACCUCAGGUGGAGAAGUAACCCUGAUGAAUCUUGGCUCCUUGCCUGUGGCCCAGUCCCAGCUUCCACGGCCUGCCCAGCUUGGCUGGAACAUGAGGGCUGAGGAGGCAAGGGGUGAGACACAAUAAAAAGAAUGAGGACAAA